UAACCUCAAAAGGUUCUUUUCUAGGAGUGUGUUUCACUUAUUUACACGUGUUUCAGGAUGGCCCCAAAGGAAACGAAGGCCGCCGCUCCGGCCAAGGCUGUUAAGAAGGUCCGAAAGGCACCGAAAAAGGUGCAGAAGGUCAGCAAGUACCCGGCCAGCCUGCUAACGGCCGGACUGUACCGUGCGGUGCGCUCCCGGAUGGUCAAGACGCGUCUGCCCCUCUCCGCCAAGACGGUAGAUCCGGCGAAGGUGAAGCCGAAGAAGCCCGUCACCAUCGUGAAGAAGAUUGGCGGUGCGAAGAACGGCGGCGAGCGUACGGUGCUGCUGCGCAAGAACAAGGCCAACCUGCCGACGAAGCGCUUCGCCCACAAGCGCCCGGCCAAGAGGUGCUUCCGCAACCACAAGCGCAACAUCCGCAAGUCGCUGAAGCCCGGCAAGGUGCUGAUCCUGCUCGCCGGCCGUCAUAAGGGAAAGCGAGUGGUGCUGCUGAAGACCCUCAAGACCGGACUGCUCCUGGUGACCGGUCCGUUCCAGCUCAACUCCUGCCCGAUGCGCCGUAUCGCGCAGAACUACGUCAUCGCCACCACGACGCGCGUCAACCUGCGGGGCGUGAAGGUGCCGGAGCACAUCGACGAUCGCUACUUCCGACGCGUCCACCCGAAGAAGGACUCGCGCACCGAGCGGGACAUCUUCGCGCGCAAGGAGUUCAAGUACGUGCCGACGGAGCAGCGCAAGGCGGACCAGAAGACGGUCGACACCGCGGUGAUGGCCGCCAUCAAGGCCCACCCGGAGGGCAAGCUGAUUCAGCGCUACCUGAAGUCGAUGUUCUCGCUGCGCACCAACAUGUUCCCGCACCGUAUGAAGUUCUAAGUUGGUUGGAAUUCGGGUGAGGAAGAAGGUGUGAGUGUGAGUGCGUACGCGCGCGUGUAAACAAAGUGCUACCACCACCCCCGGCCAUUGUUUCGGGCUACACGUAUCGAAGGAGCGCGCGGAAUAUUUACUUUAUAACAUCCCACGGCUGGAUAUUGGAUCAGCGUUAAGGAAAUAAUAAAAUUUAAAGAUUA